UAAUUACUCAACUCGCUGGGGAGGAGCAGGAGGGCUGUAGCAGCAACAGAUACAACUUCAAGAAGUUCAAGCGCAUCCUGGCAGCUUGACUGCUGUUGUUAGUUAAAGGGCGACGACUGGAAUGCCGCGCACAUCAUGAGCGAACAGGACAGUAAGGUCGUCGUGCUCACGGCGUUUCACCAGACCGGCGACGCUUCGGAAGUGUCAAAGCGGGUCAAAGACCGAGAGGACCACGGCUUCGCGGAUCCAAGGGGUAGAUCGGGUCAAUACAAUUUACAGAGUAGGACAAAACAUGUCCCUGGUAAGCCACCGCUCAGAUCAGCCUCAAUGGAUUCACUGGAUGAUCUUACUUUGGAUGAUUAUUGGACUGAAUUAGAGCAUAUUCAAAGCAGCAACAAUGACCAAGAACAGCACAAUGAUCUGGUAGAGAAAGUACCCGAUGAAGGGGAACUAGAGGAGGAGUGGCUGAAAGAAGCAGGGCUGUCCGACCUCCUGGUUGAUUCUGCAGAUCCCAUUGAAAGCAGAGUGUUAUUAUCUACGCUAACUCGCACCCAGGCAGCAGCCGUACAGAAGAGAAUAGAAAUGGUUACGCAAACUCUACGCAAGAAGAAUAAACAGCAGCAAAUACCAGAUGUGAGGUCAAUCUUUGGUUUGCCAACAUCACAAGCCGAGAAGAUUUCUGAUGCUAAUGGAACUCCUUCUCCAUCAAAUAACGAAGAAGAAAAAAUGUCAUCUGUUUCUGGUGAACCCUCUGUCCAGGGUGGACAAGGAACAGAAACUGAUAUCAAUUUAGAGAUAUCCUUCUCUGAACAAGCUGCCAGCUUCAAAGAGAGGUCAAAGAAUAAUAAGCUUCCAAGUGAAGAAGAUACUCACAUGCCUAAUUUCAGAUUAUUGAAAGACAAGACGGGUACAACAAAGAUUGGUGACCUCGCUCCCCAAGAUAUGAGGAAAGUUCACUCUUUGGCGCUCAUUGAGCUGACAGCUCUUUUUGAUGCAUUUGGAGUUGAUUUUAAAUCUCACAAAACACUGAAAAUUAAAUAUAAAGAAUCGGGACUUUUUGGAGUUCCUCUUACCAUUUUACUGGAACAUGACCAGAAGAAGGUACCAGGUACUAAAGUGCCACUUAUAUUACAAAAACUCUUGUCUCAUAUAGAAGCUGAAGGUUUGGAUACAGAAGGCCUUCUGCGUAUUCCAGGAGCUGCAAUACGAGUGAAGAGUCUUUGCCAAGAGCUGGAGUCUAAAUUCUAUGAUGGGACAUUUAUCUGGGAAAAUGUAAAACAACAUGAUGCUGCAAGUUUAUUAAAACUCUUCAUCCGUGAACUGCCUUAUCCUCUCCUGACAGUUGAAUACCUCAACGCUUUCUUAUCAGUGCAAAAACUUCCCAGAAAGAAGCAGCAGCUUCAAUCACUUAAUCUUUUGGUGCUUCUUCUUCCAGAGUCGAGCAGAAACACACUAAAGACUCUCUUGGAAUUUCUUCAGCGGGUCAUAGAAAACACAGAGAAGAACAAAAUGACGCUUAAUAAUGUUGCUGUUGUAAUGGCACCCAACCUCUUCAUGUUCAAAGAAAUUCGUUCCAAGAACUAUGAACAAGAACUUGCACUUGCUACAGGAUCAGCAUCUAUUAUGCGUUUUCUAAUUAAAUAUCAGACUCUUCUGUGGACAAUACCACGAUUUAUUAUGAAUCAAGUAAGAAAACAAAAUAUAGAAAACCAAAAGAAGGCCUCAAAAGACAGAGCAAUGAAGAAAUUGCUAAAGAAAAUGGCUUAUGACAGAGAAAAACAUGAGAAGCAUGAAAAACUGACAGUGGAUACAGAUGUUCUUCAAGGUGUUAUACGGGUUCAAGCACCGCAGUUCUCCAAAGUCUCCAUGGCCAUUCAACUAACUGAGGACCUUAAAGCUAGUGAUGUCCUAGCCAGAUUUCUCAGCCAAGACAGCAGCACUGUUGAACAGUCUGUGAAGAGAGAAGAACUGUGCCUAUUUGAAAUAGGAGGCAACAUAGGUGAGCGCUGCUUAGAUGAUGAUACCUAUAUGAAGGAUCUCUAUCAACUAAAUCCUACUGCAGAGUGGGUUAUAAAGCCUCGUUCUCAAUGAAAGUGGAUUUUCUGAGUGCAAAGGGAAAUGCAAAAUGGAGAAUUUCAUAUCAUAUUAAAUAUAUAUUUAAAAUGAGGAGAAAACAGAAGAACAUUUAAAAAAAAAUGCUCCUUGUAGCAAAAACUGCCAAAUUUCUAUUCAUAUAUAUUGUAACUGUAAAUAUUUAAUGGUAUUUCAAGAAAAUACCACAUUAUUUCAGUUUUUUCACUGUCAAAAUAUGAUGAAGAAUGGAACCUGUCCCUAACAGUUCUUCAACCUGAGUUUAUAGCUGCCAGGGUUUUAAAGAUGUUCUCAGAAUCCAAGACAAAUUUGACUGCUCUGACUUUUGUAAAAGAGUAAGCAUGCUUAUGUGCAUAUAUUUUUGAUACUAAAAUUUGUAAAUUUGAAAUGAAAAUUUGUAAGACAUUAUUGCACUUAAGAUGCAAUGCAGCCACAGAAAUGUAUAUCAUUAGAAAGGAUAUAUGUAUAUUGAGAUUUUUCUAUAAAAGAGGAAAAAACAAACGUAUCCCCUUAAAGCCUCAUAUUAUAAACAUUUUUGCACCACCCUUUUUUUUUUUAUACUGGUGCCAAUGCCAUCAUCUCCUUACAUUAACAUAAAACAUCUGAACGGCUUGAAGAAAUGCAGGCUAAUUUAUAUAGUAUCCUAUAAACUGAUAAAUGGCAUUUCUGUGUUUAAACAAAAAUGUAAUAUAUAUAUAUUUAAUAUAUUUUUAGAACAGACAUUGGUGACAACAGGUUUAGGAUAAGUCAAAAUCUUUGUUGCCUUCUUUGCUGAUUUACAAAUUGGAAAAAAUGCCUUCCCUUCAAAGAUGCUCAAAACAAAUGCACUGCUUCUGCAACAAGAUGAAACCAGCUCUGAUUAAAGUUUGUAUGGCUUAAUUUGCUUGUAUUUCAUCACUAAGUUUAAAACCGCUCUUAUUAUUUUAAUCUUGAUUUGUAAAGAAGCUCGGUCUAUGAGUACAAACACCAGUGGCUUUUACUGUAGCUUUAUAUAAGCCAUGUUUUGCCGAAGCAUUAACUCUCUACUUAUAUUAAGCAUGUUCAUUCACAAAAUGAAAGCAUAAUGUUCCUUGAGCCAUGAUAAGGAAGAUCACCCCAUAAAGCUACAGUGUGUUUGCUGAAUUUUGCUUUGAGGUAAUUCUGUAAUGCUCAUCUUUUGCUGCUUGCCAUUCUAACUUACCCAAAUCACAAAAAUAUUGUUGACCCAAGAACACUUUGGUCAUCAAUGUUACCACAGAGGCCAUAUAAUGGCAUCUGCUAGUAGUUUUCUUUUUGUGCGUUGCUUCAUUUUCUAGGGUUUAUCUGAUUGAAACAGACUUAUCCAGAGGGCUGGUAAGCAUCCCAAACUCCAAAAGAUCACUGAUGAUUUUGAAAUUAAUUUGUAUCUUGUAGAUCACUCUUGAUUUAUAACAACACAAUAUCUGAGUUAAUCUGCUGUCAUGAAUAGAAAUUAACUGGCUGAAUAUUGAUUCUGUGAAGGUAGUGGUUUUAAUUUAUAAUCAUGUUAAAGCAUUGUGUGUGAACAGAGGGCAUUCUCAACCAAGUGUGAGUCUUGCAGUAAGUAUUCUCUCCCAGCCCCUACCAAAAAGUUUCAACAUUUUUUUGCAUGUUUACCAAAACAUACUUUAAAUGGGCCGUAAUCUCUUUAUUUUGUUAAGAAAAAAUAUAAUUCAGCUUUGAAAAGUAUUUAUCUUCUUAGCAUUUGCUAUCAUUUAAAAAAAGAACUUAGUCUCAACCAGUGGGAUUAGAGUUUGAACAGUCUGCUGAUGGGGCUCAGCCUUUUAAAUGGAAUUCAGCUGUCUUUCGUUGCGUAUAUCAGUUUGUAUGAGAUUGCCAUAUUGGAUGUUACACAUGAACACUUUUCUUAGAUAUGAAGAAGAACGUUGUGGACAGACAUAAAUCAGGUAAUGGAAUAUAUAUAUAAAGAUUCAAGGGAACUGACAAACUCGAGGAGAACUGCUGUUUCAGUUAUCUGGAGGUGGAGCACACAAAACUACUCCAAAAUUUUGUAAAGAAUUAGUCAUCCCAAAAACACUGUAAAUGAAGAAGAAAAAGAAGAAAAUUGGUUAAAGAAGCAGCUAAGAGACCAAAUACAACUCUUUAAGAAUUUAAAGUUUGGUAUUUUUCAAGUCAGUUAAUUUCUCAAAAUAGUGGUACAGUAUAUACUGUAUAGAUUUGCCACAUGAAAUUGCAUUCUAAAGUGUAGCACUUCACUGCUCACCUUCAUCCAUGAUACUUUUCAGCCCAAGGGUGUGAAUUCACCUGGGAAAGUCAUCGCCAAAUGCUAAUAUUGAAUGCCAAUGCCCAGAUGUGAACUGCUGUCUUUGUUCCGAAGACAACUAGAUAAUAAUCAUUGAAAACGUCACACAAUCUGUCACAUUCUUUCACUACACAGAAGCUUAUUUUGUUACUUCGCAAAGAUAUUGCUUUCUGCCAAUAGAAUGAUACAUUAAGUUAUUACGUGUGUGAUUUGGUGGUCUAGUGAGUGAAAGAUUGAGCAUACACACAGCAUGCGAUACAGUGACAAGAACUGAACAGACAUUAUAGGCAUACAUUUAGUUUUAAUCAUGCUUAAGUUUAGUACAAAAGUAUUAAGAUAAGCUGAGAGGUAGUACAGUGUGGUCACUCCUGCAUCACAGCAGCAGGUUCUGCAUGAAAUUUGCAUGUUUUCCCCAUAUAUUUACAGAUUGAUUGGCAUCAAUCAGUUUACUCGCUCCAAACCAUUCCCAGUUCUGUUAUUACCUUGUGGAUCAUGAAAGUGAAUUGUCAUGCAUUAAAAAAAUCAAUAAUUGGGAUGUAGCCCUUCAAACUGUGUCAUCAUGGUUAGGUUCUUUCAUCACAGAAAGUGUGACGUGUGGGCUUGGCUCUUUCAAAAAUCUAAGUCUUUUAUUAAAUAUAAAAUGCAGUGCAAUCAUUUCAGUUCAGAUUCAUUGUACUUUCUACAAAUGACAUUAAAAGUUUAUGCUACCACUUAGCGAGAAUCUCACUCUGUAGGCUCUGAAAAUUAGCAAAACAGAAUUUUACUAGCAAAAAAUAAUCACUGUUUGGGGAAAAAAAAUUAUAAGAUUUGAAUGCGCAUCUGUUUGUUGUUAAAAAAAACUAUGGCAGAACAUAACCACUGAAGAAAGUGAAUUGUUGAAGCAGAGGGAUUACAAGCAGAAUACGGCUUGGCAUAAGGAGGUUUGAAAUACCUCCAGACACUGCUCUGCUGCAAGCAGACAAGCGUGUGUGAAACAAUUUGUUACCUUGAGAAAAUAGGACCAAGAAUCUAUAAUAAAAUGGAUUAUUUUCAGUUUACUUUUAUUGUCACAAGCUACCCAUCCAUAAAUGAAAAACUUUACUACUUCAGUAACGUUUAAGGCUAACCAUUAGCUCUAUGUUAAAGUGCAAGAGCAGACUAGUUAUUUUUUUAAAUUUAUAAAAUAUGCUUCAUUUUAGAACACAAUUCCAUGUGGCAAUUUAAUGUAUACUACAUUUGUGAAGAAAUAACACUGACUUGAAAAUUACUGAACUCAAUUCAGAUGAGAAGAACUGUGUCUGUAAAUUCUGUAAUUGAUCAGGUUGUCCACCAGGCUGAACUGUAUGGUAGAAUGAUAAUGAGAAAGCCAUAUAAAAAAAAAAUAACAAUACAACUUGUAGGAACCUCUGAAAGAAAAUAUUAUUUCACCUUAAUGCCAAGAGCAAACUGACAAAGUGGCCCACUCUUGAGUCCUGAUGGAAGGAACGCAAGACUGCAGCGCACCAUCUCUUCAUCAAGUGGACUGCAAUUGACGGAGCACUUUUGAAAGAAGACUUGGAAAACAUUAAACCUCCAAAGAUGCCACAUUGUUUACCACCUGCCACUGAAGACUUGAUGAUUGCAACAGAAGUGACAGCUACCAAUUAUUUUAAGCCUAAUGGCAGAGGAUUGACAUUUUCAAAGCUGGAUUUUUGAGUUUUGUUUUUAUUUACUUUUAUAACAAAAGUGAGUUAUGGUCUGUUAAAAUAUAGAGUGUGUUUUGUUAAAUCUGUAUUGUAAAUUUUGUUGUAGUAGCACAAUAUUUUUUAACACUGCAGGAGACGAGGUGAAUACUUUCUACAGUCUCUGUCUGCAUUUUACUUGUAUCUUGGUUGAUAAUGAAUUUGUUUCAUCUGUAAGGUAUUGCCAUGUACACAGAGAGUCUGGUUAUUCAGCCUUGCCAAGAAACAGCAAAAAUCAAAAUUUCUAAGGUGGACUAUUACAUGGCUAUGUGGGUUCAUUAUUAAUUAACCCUUUAUGUGUGUUUUUUUUAAUCAUGAUCUCCUUGUAGAAGAUAAACAACUAAAAGCUGCACAGGAGCAAAGCAGAUACCAUUUCCUUUGUAUCUUUUUGUUUAGAAAAAGCUGAUACAAAUCCUUCAGGAAGGACUUUGUGCCCAACUGUUUUUAUAUGCAUUUAAGGUUGUGAUCUGUGUCUCAUGUGAGUUUAAAAAUGUGGGCCAUCAAGAUGAUUAUGAAAGGGGACAUGAGAGACACUGGUGUCUUUUGUCAUCUCGUAAUACCUAGCUGACAGGCAUUUGAUUAGAAGUCGAAGUUGAAGCAAUUAUUGUGUUUAUGUAACAUAACGUAAAAAAGCAGAGGUAAUGCGGUACUGUCGAAGAGAGAAGGAUCACAUGGACGAGAUGACGGAGACUAAGCCCUGCAAGCAUGAGGCUGCUUGGUUGCCGAGGAUGUGACUCUUAGACUGGCCCCCAUGUACUGGCCAUUGCCUUCACUCUAAAACUGCAGGUACUUGCCUAAUGUUCUUUUUUUGGGUUGUGUUUGUGAAGGCCUAUUCAAUUUUAAGUGUCAAAUCUGUGAAUGACAAGGGUCUGCUGGGUUUAAUUGGGAUUGUAACUUGAUGUGUUGUAAUUGGAGGAUGUGAAUACUUCAGCAAGGCACAGACAAUCAUUUUUUUUUUUUUUUUUUUUUUUGCUUCCAUGUUCUAUUAACAUUCACUGCCAAAUCUCUGCUUUGACUGAGUGCAUUUUUAGGAAAUAUGUACAGAACAUUAUUUUUUAUUUAAUAAUGCUGUGAAUUUAUUUGAUAAAUCAGGCAAACCUUUUAAAUAUGUUAGACACCCUGAAUUUUAAAAAAUGUAAAAUUUGUACAUUUGUUUUGUAGUCUUGUAAAUAAAAAAAUGAAGUAUACACCA